CAUAUAUUAUAGUGGUUUGAUGUGAAUGAAAUAUAUUACAAUAAUAAAGAAUAACUAAAUUAUAGUUUGUGAUAUUAUAUGAAGAUAACACAAACAUCAUAUCAUAGGAAGGGGAAGUAUAUAUAGAGAGGGAGCGAGAAACUGACAAUAUGUCUGGAAAUAACUUCAGUUCUGUGCCGCAUUUCAAUAGGAAUUCUAAAUGUAAUUUUAAAGUGUUUUAUAUCUAGUUUUCUAAAAAAUUGCCUUCAAUAAAAUUAUAAUAUUUUUAUACAUUUUUAUUUAUUUAUCACAAAUUGUAUAUUUUUUAUAUGCAUAAUAGUUUUACGUUAAAUUAAAAAUAAGUCCUGAAAACAGCUUAAGAAAUGAAAAAACUGUUUAACUUGAUCUGUUGAUUUAUAUGUAAUAAAUGCAAAGUACAAUCUUGUCUUCAAAGGAUGAUGUUAUUUAUUAUACACAGAAAUAUAUUCUGAAAGUGAAGUUAUAUGAAAAUAACAAUUUUAUAUUCUACUUAUAUUAACAGAAGAAAUGUUUUAAAAGAAAGAAUCUAAUAAUUUAGAACUUUAUCUUGCUAUACAUAUAUGUUAAGAAGUAGUCAGAGCUAAAUAUAUGCCAGUUCUGUUUUAUAAACACCAAAGAACAUGUGUGGUCCUGUUUCAAACCAUACUGGCAACUGAAAAUAGUUUUUAAGUGUUUGAAACUGAAGAUAUAUAGCAUAAAUUUUGUAUGUAGUAAAAUUAGGAACAAAAAUAUAAUUAAUGUUCUAGCUAUUUACUAAGUGUCAACUGAAAAGUAAAAAGAUAUUCAAAACAAAAUGUCAAUCUUAAACAAUAAACCAUUACUAAAUAAAUUUUUGAACAAUCAUAAUUUUCAAGAAGGAUCAAAUAUCAUGUCGUUAUCUUCUACUGUUAAUAAUUAUAUAGAUGAUUGUGAAGAUAUUUGGAUGAACGACAUGGAAGAAGAUAUAAGUUCUGAGUAUAGUUCUGAGCCUGUUAUAUGUCAUAUAAAAGAGAGACAAAUAACAAAUCAACAACCAUGGAAUACAGAGGAAAUUAUUUUAGCUCUAUCUGAUCUUCCAGCAGGAAAGCAUGCACUUUCUGUUAUUCCUACCUUGCAUGGAGAUAUUUUGGAUAAAGUUUUACAUGAAUUUUUAAACACUGAUGAUAGCAAAUUAUCAGUGAAUAUUCAAAAAACUGCUACAUCUUCAUUUUCUACUGGAUGUAUACAAAAUACGUUAUUGAAUAUUGAAAAUGAAGCAGCUUUAAAUACAACUGCACUACAACUUUUCCUGAGAUGGCCAAAUACUUGUCUCCUAGUUUCUUGUUAUUUAGGUCAUGUAAAUGUGGUCAAAGCUUUACUAAAAAGUAAAAAUGCAAAUAUUUCAGCUAGAGAUAGCGAUGGCAGGACACCAUUACAUUUAGCUGCUUGUACAGCUUCGUUAACAAUUUUGGAAGAAUUACUGCAACAUGGAGCAAAUCCAUGUGAAUGGGAUUUUGGUAAAAAAUAUACACCUUUGCAUUAUGCUGCUGCUACUGGAGACCUUGCUUGUGUUAAAUGUUUAAUAAAAUCACAAGCAGAUGUAAAUGCUGGAAUACAUGGAAAAAGCCCUCUUUAUUAUGCUGUAUUAAAUAAUGCAGCAGAUUGUGUCAAAGCUUUAUUAGAAGCAGGUGCCUCUCCUAACAACCCACAGGUUUAUACAGAAACACCAUUGCACGUAGCAGCUGGUUUGGGUUCUGUUAUGUGCACAAAACUAUUGUUAACUUAUGGAGCAGAUGUAAGAUUUCGGUUUGGUUCUAUGAAAUCUACUCCAUUACAUCUAGCAGCUGAAGAAGGUAGUGCUGAAUGUACAAAGUUGCUAUUAGAUGCUGGGGCAGAAUGCGAAGCAAAAAAUGCAAGGGGACAAACACCAAUGCACUUAGCAGUUUUGUCUCAAUCUAUGGAAACAUUAGAUGUACUUCUGAAUAUUGGAGCAAAAGUUAACAUCGAAGACAAUGAUGGCCGUACUCCAUUACAUGCUGCAGUUACAAAAUCUGCUAGAGGAAUCGAAUUGGUGAAAAUUUUAUUACAGGCUGGUGCUUUAGUCAACAAAGCAGACAAAUUUGGUUAUACACCUUUACAUAUUGCGGCGUUGAAUGAAAAUUCACCAACAGUAAUAAUGUUACUGUCAAAAGGAGCAGAUCUCACUGCUAGAACAAAGGGUGGUAUAUCUGCAUUAAGUUUUAUUGUACGCAGAACUCCAGAUGUAUUACCACGAUUUAUCUCACGCUUGGAUCAAGCAAUUUCUUUACAUGAUCAUGAGUUAGGUGAUGUUGAUUGUGAAUUAAGAUUAGAUUUUAGACCAUUAGUGUCAGGUGGCAGAGGAGAAACAAAUUUGAUGCUAUGUUUGGUGGAAUCUGGACAAAGACAUAUAUUGAAACAUCCUUUGUGUGAGAGUUUCCUUUAUUUAAAAUGGUUAAGAAUUCGCAAAUUUUUCUUAUUAAGUUUGAUAUUCCAUUCCAUAUUUGUUGCAUUUUUUACGGCAUAUAUUGUAGUUGAAAAAUUCAGAGGAAUAGUUUUUUGGCCAGUACUAAUAUUUACUAUUACAAUAGCUGGUAAAGAAUUUUUUCAAAUGGCUCAUGGUAUGUGCAGUUAUAUUAAAAGAUGGGAAAAUUGGCUUCAGUGGAGUGUUGUAUUACUAUCAAGUAUUGUAUUAAAUAUGCCAAAACAUUGCCCUGGAUGGCAAUGUCAUGGUUGGCAACAUCAUAUAGCUGCUGUGAGUAUUUUAUUAAUUUGGAUAGUAUUAAUGAUGGUGGUUGGAAAAUUUCCAAUGUUUGGCCUUUAUAUCCAAAUGUUUACUCAAGUAUCAAUUAACUUUUUUAAAUUUCUUGGUGCUUACAUAUUUCUUAUAAUAGGGUUUUCUUUAGGUUUCAAUGUAUUACUUAAAAAUGAUUCAUUUAAAUAUCCAUUAAUUGCUUUGUUGAAAAGUAUUGUGAUGAUGUCUGGAGAAUUAGAAUUUGAAGAUAUAUUCAUUAGUACAGAAGCACCGAUUGAAUAUUCUGGUACUGCGCACUUCAUGUUUCUAUGUUUUGUCAUUUUAGUAACAGUAAUUUUGGCAAAUUUAAUGAUGGGCCUUGCAGUGUCAGAUAUACAAGAAUUAAGAAGAUGUGCUGGAUUGGAUGGAUUAGUACGCAGAGCAGAAUUAGUAGCACACUUGGAACACAUGUUAUUUUCCAAAUUUCUAGACCAUGCACCAAAUGCUAUAAUGAAAGCAUGCAGACGGGGUGCACUUCUGUUACAUCCACCUCAUUAUUGUGCAAUUUAUAUUCGUCCUAAUGAUCCCCGUGAGAAACGUUUACCACAAGAAUUAAUAAAAGCUAUCUAUCGCUUAGUAAUUGAAAAAAAACAUAGGAACGUGAAAACAAAAGGAACAUCCAUAUAUAAUGCAUAUAGUAUAGGAAUGGAUACUUCUAGAUUAAAUCGACUUUAUAGUAGUACUUCCAGUGAUAAUAAUCAACAAUUGAAUGAAUUAGCUACAGAAUUAAAAAGAUGUUCUUUCAAUAUUGCUACACGUUUGGAUAGGUUAACUAAUAAAGUCGAAAGUAUUUUACGAGAGAGUAAUAACUCAAUAUAAUGUAUAGUACUUAAACUAUUUAAAUUAUGGGUAUU